AGUUUAGAAGUUUUGUAAGUUAAAUGAGACGAUAGUGUGAAUGCACUCAUCCCCUACCCUACCCUACCCUACCCGACACUACCCGAUACUUUAUCAUAUAAUAUGCAAUAAUAGCGUAUAAGUGCUAUAGUGAGCACUGGUUAUCUAUAGUUUUAUACGUCAGUCAAAUUGAAUACAUAUUAGUAAAACAAAACAUCACUAAAACUCAAACCAAUAUCUUUGAAACGUUUCUGAAACGGGAUAUAAAUUGUUAAAAUGUGUGAUAAUAAGGGGCAAAAAGUGAUAAUUGGAUCAUUGGAUAACUUUGAAUUGAAUAACCGUAUAGGAAAGGGUCAGUUUAGUGUUGUCCAUAAAGCUCUAUGCCGUCAAACAGGACAGAUGGUGGCGCUCAAGAAAAUGCAGAUCUUCGAGAUGUUAGACGCAAAGGCAAGAUAUGAUUGUAUUAAAGAAAUCAAUUUACUUCAACAGUUAGACCACGAAAAUGUGAUAAAAUAUUUGUGCUCUUUUAUUGACAACAAUGAUCUUUAUAUUGUGCUUGAGUUGGCCGAUGCGGGAGACCUGUCUCGGCUAAUACACUACUUCCGAAAAGAGUGUCGACUAAUACCUGAGCACACAAUUUGGAAAUAUUUUGUACAAAUAUGUUUGGCUUUAGAGCACAUGCAUAGCAAACGUGUUAUGCAUCGGGACAUCAAACCGGCCAAUGUUUUCAUGACAAGUCAAGCAGUAGUCAAAUUGGGUGAUCUCGGUUUGGGCCGAUUUUUUAGCUCCCGAACUAAUGACGCGCAUUCAUUGGUGGGAACACCCUAUUAUAUGUCACCCGAACGGAUCAAUGAAACUGCUUAUGACUUCAAAUCAGACAUUUGGUCACUCGGUUGUCUUUUAUACGAGUUGGCAGCUCUUCAGUCUCCCUUUUAUGGCGAGAAAACAAACUUAUAUUCUCUUUGCAAGAAAAUUGAAAAGUCUGAAUAUCCUCCCAUCCCUUCGGAUUUAUAUUCAAAAGAGUUGAGAACAGUUGUCCACAACUGUUUACAACCCAAUCCUGAUAAACGACCGGACAUUUGUACUGUUUUAGCCAUCGCUCAGAACACGUAUAUGAAAUCUAUGCAAAUAUUUAUACAAAAGAAAACUAUUAAACAAUCGGCAACAAAGUCGGUGCCACCGGCCAUACAUGUGCCGCACAGUUCUAUGGAUACUCAAGACUCUAAAUAUGGUCAGCCAUUAGUUGGUCAACAACAACAUCAUAGUAGUCAUCAGUCACAACAAGAGACUCAACAAACCCAUUGUUUUCCCCGAUUGUGGACUAAAGACAAGAAUUUGAACUAAAUGUUAUGAUUUUGCAUUUUAUUUAUGACUUAUAAAAACAAUAUUUUAUUUUAGAAAACAAACCAUAUUUACC